GGCAAUCAACACUGAGGCAUGCAUGAGAGCAUCAGCUGUUCUGGACGACUGCGUGAUCACGCUCUCCGUAGCCGACGUUGAUUGACAAGCCCGUCGUCCAAUCAAAUCGUCGUCAUGAUCGCCACGGGCGGCCUGCUGCGUAUGAACCGGCGCCAAGACUCCCAGCGAUCCAAGAACCACGCUGAGAACCAGAGGAAGAGGAAACAAGCAGAGAGGAAGAAGAGGAAUGAUGUGGUAGUGGUGAAGGGGAAACUCAACCUGUGUUCCCCAUCUGGGCUGGUGGCUGCGAUGGGGGUAUUGGUGUUGAUGCUGGGGAUAGCCAUGGCUGUACUGGGCUACUGGCCACAUGAAGGCCACAGCCAGGGGUAUGCAUCCGGGGUAUCACCAGGGGAGGAGCGGAGAGACAACGGCAGGAUGAGCUACUCCAAGAGCCCCCUGGUGUCUGUCACCUGGAGCAAUAACAAGGAUAACAACACAGCCAACCAGACUGUUGGGGAGUUGACCAACCAGACUGUUGAGGAGUUGACCAACCAGACUGUUGAGGAGUUGACCAACCAGACUGUUGGGGAGUUGACCAACCAGACUGUUGGGGAGUUGACCAACCAGACUGUUGGGGAGUUGACCAACCAGACGAGUGCUGAGUUGACCAACCAGACGAGUGAUGUUAUGAAUGGAAGUGUUCCUCAACCUGUAUCUGUGUCGACGAGUCCUCGUUCUCCCUCAGAGGGGUUUCUCUCUGAGUUCCUGGACAGCUACCUCUACUCAGACAACUUGAAGGUGUUUGGGCCCUUAGUGAUGGGGAUUGGCAUCUUCCUCUUCAUCUGCGCUAACGCCGUGCUUCACGAGAACAGAGACCAGAAGACCAAAGUCAUCAACCUCAGAGAUAUCUACUCCACGGUCAUCGACCUCCACAUCACACGGACCAAGGACUACUCACCGAUUAACGGACUGGUGAACUAUGUGCAGUCCAGGGGCAGUGUGGACAUAAAUUCGGGUUCGUUCCAUCCAGGCGAGAUGCUAGAGCACAGCCCUUGGCCCUCCACUACCGUGUCAAGCCACCAGGGGGAGCUAGGUAGCAGUGAGCAGCAGUAUAGACGACCGUCAAUGGCGGGCCGGCAGCGGAGCUGGUCCAGAGACAACCAGACGUUCACGGAAAGUGUGUAUAGCAUCUACAGAGACCAGAAGCGCAGGUGUUCAGAGCAGGCCUCGUACCCCAGACAGUGGGACUCAGAGCAGGCCUCGUACCCCAGGCAGUGGGACUCAGAGCAGGCUUCGUACCCCAGACAGUGGGACUCAGAGCAGGCCUCGUACCCCAGGCAGUGGGACUCAGAGCAGGCCUCGUACCCCAGGCAGUGGGACUCAGAGCAGGCCUCGUACCACAGGCAGUGGGACUCAGAGCAGGCCUCAUACCACAGGCAGUGGGACUCAGAGCAGGCCUCGUACCCCAGGCAGCGGGACUCAGAGCAGGCCUCGUACCCCAGGCAGCGGGACUCAGAGCAGGCCUCGUACCCCAGACAGUGGGAGGGUACAGCAUCCAUUGUCAGUUCUUCUUUUAACGUCUUCACUCUCCCGAUCAUCACACUUAACAACGGUGCAGUGGAGGAGGGGGGACAGGCCGAGAGAGAGGAGGAAGUAAUCACAGAUGUCAAGGAUUUUAGUGGAAAUGGGAUUGAGCAAGAGCAAGUAGUGGGUUAUAGUCAAUGUCUGGAUAAUACAGAGAAUAAUUAUUCAAGGAGGACCUCGAUGAAUCCCCUGGAAUCCUAUAGUCAAUGUCUGGGUACUAAAGAGAAGGAUUCUUCAAGGAGGACCUCGAUGAAUCCCCUGGAAUCCUAUAGUCAAUGUCUGGGUACUAAAGAGAAGGAUUCUUCAAGGAGGACCUCGAUGAAUCCCCUGGAAUCCUAUAGUCAAUGUCUGGGUACUAAAGAGAAGGAUUCUUCAAGGAGGACCUCGAUGAAUCCCCUGGAAUAUGAGGGUGGUACCGUCAUGACCCUAACUGAACCAGAUGAGGCGCUACAAGGUCAGACCCUCACCCCACAGGGCCCCCGGCUGUUCCCUCCUUCUCCCGUUUUCAGGGCGACGACGGGGAUGGGAUCUCGCCUGUCACUCAACUCCCUCUCCAGCCCAGGGGUCGACCAGCCCCAGUCGGCACGACGAUGCAGCCUCACCGUGGCCGUCUGUCGUCAAGGCGACCGGGCUCGACGGUUCAGCUGUACGCGUCUGGAGCGUUCAAACAGUAAGGGAUACAUCAAACUGGAAACCGUGGACGGAGAUUCCUUAGAGGUACCAGAUGUAGUGACUUCCUGUGUGCCUGACUCGAAUCAGGAAGAAGAAGUAGUAGCAGACGAGGUAGCAGAAGCAGCUCAAGGAAAAAGAGAGAGGGUGACUGUCACCCUUAGUUCUUCUUUAACAGAACUCUAGACAGAUCUGUCUCAAUCGUCAUGCCGGUCUCUUUAGACUGUGAUCAAAACUGACCGAAAGAGUCAAGGUCCAGCCAAAAGGAACUCUCAGGAGAGGAGAACCAAAUAAACUCUAGACAGAUCUCUACACAGAACUCUAGAACUAUCUAUUUGUGUCUCAUCAUUGUAGAUGGAUUUCAUAGUCAGUAGAAGACAGGGAUCAAAACUGACCUAUAGAGUCAAGGUGCAGCCAGAAGGAUGUCAGGAGUUCAGGGAGAAGGAUAGAGAGGGAGAGAGAGAGAGAGAAUUGAAAUUGAGAGAGAGAGAAAGAGGCAGAGAGAGAGAGAGAGAGAGGCAGAGAGAGAGAGGCAGAGAGAGAGACAGAGAGAGAGAGACAGAG